AUGUAUUGCGAGCUAAUCAGAGUGAAGUUAUCAUCGAAGCCGACGAGGUCUGGGGAGCUCUCCGGGGACUCGAAACCUUUUCUCAAUUAUUCUACUACAACGGUACAAGGCAAUAUUUCCAGUCGGCGUACGUUAAGGAUUCGCCAAGAUUCCCGCAUCGUGGCCUACUCCUCGAUACCUCACGCCAUUACUUUUCCC